CGAGAGCAGCAGAUACUACCUUGUAUCGUUGAAAAGGGCCGUUCGACCCCUCGAAGUGUCUCCAAAGGUACUUUCUCAUUCUCAUAUAAUCACCUCAAUUCCAUCACAAGUCCUAUCUCCCAAUGAGGCCUCAAGUCUUGGUGACGGCUCUCUCUUUGGCGGGAGCAGCCACCGCUGUUUCCAUUCCUCAUCCCAAUUCCAAUGUCGUCAAUCAAACUACCUGUGGAGGGACGACUUACAAAUACACAGGACUAGCAGGAUACGGAUUCGUGCCAUCCAACGCAACUGAUCGAUAUGGCGACACUCUUGGGGGAUAUGGGAGCUCGGUCGCGAUAGACCAAUCAUCCUGGCGACAGACGGGUGUUGAUUCCUACUCGGGCAUUGUCUAUGGCUUGCCUGAUCGUGGCUGGAACACCAAUGGAACUCUUAACUUCCAAUCUCGCAUUCACAAAUUCGCUAUUUCCCUCAAGCUGGCUCCCAAUGCGUCGGCAGAGAAUCCGUCCAAGCCCAAUCUGCAGCUGAAAUAUCUUAAUACAAUUCUUCUUACCGGUCCAGACGGCGAGCCCACAACGGGCCUUGAUGCGGAUAGUACCGGUUACGCCUCCUACCCUGGAUUUCCUCCGUUGCCGGUAGCCACCUAUACUGGCAAUGGCUUCGGAGGUGCUGGAGAUGGUGGUAAAAGGAUCUCUGUCGACAGUGAGGGUCUAGCUCUCGGCAAAGACGGUUCUUUCUGGGUCUCCGACGAAUACGGCCCGUACGUGUACAAAUUUAACAAGGAUGGCCAAAUGGUGCUGGCGAUACAGCCUCCACAAGCAUUCCUUCCGCGACGUAAUGGCAGUAUCAGCUUCAGCGCUGCCUCCGCUCCUAUCUACGAUUCCAGUGAUGUGCCAAUUCCAGAAGAUACCGAGAGUGGUCGCAACAACAACCAAGGGUUGGAAGCCAUUACUAUCUCUGCCGAUGGCAAUAAAUUGUAUACCAUGUUACAAUCCUCGUUGGAUCAAGAAGGCGGGCCUAAGAAGAGAUACCGUCAACCUGUUCGUCUCCUCGAGUACGACAUCUCUUCCGACACGCCCAAAUACAAGCACGAGUAUGCCGUGCUGCUUCCCAAGUACUUCGACUACACGAAAGAGGAUAAAGACAAGGCCUACGUUGUGGCAUCUCAAUCAGAGAUGCACCAGCUCCCAACCGGAGAUUUCCUAGUUCUCGCCCGUGACUCCGGCUUUGGACGUGGUCAAGACGAGACAAGAUCUGUCUAUCGCCAUGCAGAUAUCGUUUCCAUUUCAAACUCCACUACCGACAUCAAGGGCGAGAAAUACGAUGCAGCUGAUAGAUCCAUUGCUUCCGCAAAGGGUGUCUUGAAAUCCGAAAUUACCCCCGCUGAAUACUGCUCGUUCCUGAACUACAAUGUCAACUCCGAGCUGGCUAAAUUUGGCCUUCACAAUGGCGGUGACUCGGACCAGUAUUUGCUCAACGAGAAAUGGGAGAGCUUAGCCCUGGUACCAGCAAACCCGACCAAGUCUCAAUCCGGCCAAGACAGGGAAUACUUCCUGUUCAGUUUCAGCGAUAAUGACUUUAUGACCCAGGAUGGACACAUGAACUUUGGCAAGUUCAAAUACGCCGAUGAAUCUGGAUAUAACAUUGACAACCAGGUUUUGGUCUUCAAGGUGAAAUUCUAAAACUGUGCUUCUAUCUAAUCCACAAACCUGUAUAUAUUACGAUAAUUGUUGUGGAAAUAUGGUAUACUAUUAUAAAAACUAGCGAUUAUUCAUCCUUUGCAAAACCAUACUUAAGAGUUUCUUUUCAAUUUCGAUACCUAUACUAUGGAAAGGUCAUUAUGAGUAGUAGAAAUACAACAGGAGUUGAAAGGUGAACCAUGAACGGGAAAAAAGAAAAGAAAGAAAAGCAUUGCCUCAUGUGUGAAGGCACCAAAUAUUUCAGCAUAGCAAGGCGAGAUCUGGAGGUGUACAAGAGUCCUCACAUGAAAUCAUGACACAAGUGGUCGAGGAAAGUGAAAAAAAAAAAAAAAAAAAA